AAUGUUGACAUAAACCUAUUUAUAAAUGAUACCAAUGUGCAGGUUGGUAUUUUGCCUUUUUUCACGCAACGAUUCCUAUAGGUUAUGUUCUGCCUUAUUCUAUUUUUCAGGUUGAUCCUGUUAUGAACAUUAAUAAAGAUCGACGUGGUAUUAGUAGAAUGGAUACUGUGUUGCAAACUGUUAAUGAGGAAAAGUCUCUAUCACUAUCUACAGAUGAUUCCUCUACGUUAUCCAGUGCUGCAACUAUAAUUCAAGCUCAUAUACGAGGAUUUCUUGUUCGAAGUAAAUUAAGUAAUAAUAAAGUACAGAGUUCAUUAUCUCCAGCUGAUUCUGAUGGCUUUUCUGGGACUUCGCUAGAAGUUGAUGGUGAUCAAACAAAAGGGAAAACUGUUCUGAAUAUUCAUAUUGUACCCGAUAGGGGACAUUUUACGAGCCGAGAUGAGAGUAUGAUUACGUCCGUGGAAUUGUCGUUAGAUGGUAGUCCACCCACUUCUAUGAACUUGCACCCUUCGAGCUGUGAUUUGACUGAACGCCGGAAACAAUUGAAGAGGGAGGAUGCUGUCCAGUCUGCCACACCACCAAGCAACAGUAGCAGCAAGCUAAGCGAAGAUGUGGAUUCUGUUAGAGAAAUAGCUGCUUCAAAUACAAUAGAUCAAAAAUUAUCAAAUCGAGAAUCACGUAGUUUAAACGAACGAGACUCGAUAAGCAAUGAAAUUGUAACAGCUGUCGAAAUAGAAGGCAAACAUUUAAAUCAGGAGGACUCUGAAGACUCCUUGACAAAGAGUGAGAUAAAUGUUGUAACGCCAUUUGCUAAACAUGAUAAUGGCGAACUUAAUUUAGAAUUGAACCGAGAGAGUUUGAUGCAUUCAAGUGAGCUUCACGAGGCAGUUGUACCUACACGGGUAUCCCGGAGUGAUAGCUCGGUCACCCGCGAAUUUCAUAACGUGUUGGCGUUUUAUUUGCUGUGGAAUUGAUACUUUACGUCGAUAAUCCAAUAAGAUC